AUGGAACAGACAUACACAUCUCAUUUUGGAAUCAACAACAUCCCGUACGGAAUUGCACGUUCUUCCAAAAGACCUUCGCCACAAGCCGUCACGCGAAUUGGUGACGAGGUCAUAUUCCUGACUGAGCUUGCGAACAAGGGACCUUUUACGGACAUUGUAACGAAUAUAUCCUCCAUAUUCGCGGAGAAGACACUCAACACUUUCGCUGCUCUGUCCAGAGAUGUCCAUUUCCAGACACGAGCAGCGAUACAAGAGGCGUACAAAAAAGGCGUGCAUAAAGAGCACUCGGAAGAUAUCAAAGACGUAGAUUUGCUGCUACCGGUCCAAGUGGGCGACUUCACCGACUUCUCCGUUUCGCGCGAGCAUGUUACGAAUGCGCCGAAAGCCCUCUUCGGGAAAGCUCAACUGCCAAAUACCUUCCACAACUUUCCUAUGGGCUACGCAGGCCGCUGCUCCUCGAUUUACGUUUCCCCUACUCCUGUUACCCGGCCAAUAGGCCAAUACCUAGAAAACGGCAAGAUUACCUUCGGCGCAUCAAGAGCACUUGAUUACGAGCUUGAAGUCGGUGCUAUUGUAGGCCGACCGCUCGCAGCCGAUGUGGAUGUACACGCGAAAAACAUGGACGAGCACAUCUUUGGGCUGGUCCUGGUCAAUGACUGGAGCUCCCGAGACAUUCAAGGCUGCGAAAUGAGAGAUCCCCUCGGUCCCUUCAAGGGGAAGAAUUUUGCAACAUCAAUGUCACCGUGGGUCGUCACUCUGGAAGCGCUCAAAGUAUUUGAAACGCCUGCGCCUGCUCAUGAAGAGCCCGUGGCUCCCUUUCUAGAUGAUCCGCGUAGCACGUCGUACAAUCUUACUAUCGAGGCGAAGAUAUUGAGAGAGGGCACGAAGACAACGGUAUGCAAAGUUGGGUUUGCACACAUGUACUGGACGUUCAGACAGAUGCUUGCGCAUAAUGCGAUCGGUGGAUGUCCACUGAACACUGGAGACCUAUUGGCUUCGGGAACAGUAUCUGGAUCAACUGAAUCAGAGCUUGCUUGCUUGAUGGAGCUGACAAUGAACGGAAAAAAAGCCCAAACAACUAAGUGA